UGUGUGUGUGUGUGUGUGUGUGUGUGUGCGUGUGUGUGUGUGGUCAGCAUGGUAUCUGCGGGCCUGCAGAUUCUGGGCAGUGCCCUGGCGUUCCUGGGGUGGGUCGGGGUGAUCCUGGUGUGCGCGCUCCCCAUGUGGCGCGUCACUGCAUUCAUCGGGAACAACAUCGUCACCUCGCAAACCAUCUGGGAAGGAAUCUGGAUGAGCUGUGUCGCCCAGAGCACAGGACAGAUGCAAUGCAAGGUCUACGACUCAAUGCUGGCGCUGACUUCCGACCUCCAGGCCGCACGGGCGCUGGUCGUCAUCUCCAUAGUGAUUGGCAUCGUCGGGCUGCUGAUGGCCUUCGCUAGCGGCAAGUGCACCAACUUCCUGGAGGAGGAGGCGGCCAAGGCACGGGCCAGCAUCGCGGCGGGUGCGGUCCUGAUGCUGAGCGGACUGCUGUGCCUCGUCCCUGUAUCCUGGACCGCCAGCAUGAUCAUACAGGACUUCUACAACCCACUGCUGACCGACGCCCAGAGGCGAGAGCUGGGCGGGGCGCUGUACGUGGGGUGGGGGGCUGGGCUGAUGCUACUGCUGGGGGGGGCUCUGCUCUGCAGUUCUUGCCCUCCCAGGGAAGAGGAGGAGGGGCAGGGGUUGAAGGGCAAACACUCCUCAUCAGUGCCACUCCCCUCACUCAGGUACCAAGCCAUGAAGAUCAAUAAACCACACAGUCAGUCUGACUCUGUGCCUAGUCAUAGGCCACCAACACCACGCAGUCCAACGCCAUCUAAGACCUACAUCUAA